AUGAAACAAGUUUAACAAUAUAUAAAAGAUAUUUUAUUUUCCAAUUUAUCAUCUCUAAUCAAAAGAAUCAAGUAUUCUAAAGAACCAAUCACAAAUGAAGAAGUGAGAUAAUAUGUUAGAUCUUAGGUUAGCUCAGAAGAGAUAGUGAAGCAGAUAGAUCAUAUAAAAUAGGACUUCUAUAAUACUAAAAGUAAAGCGAAGUCUAUAAAUUUAUUUUCUGUUACUCGUAAGAUAACAGGUAGAAGCAUGCUAAUUGGUUUUUUAAUGUAUCUUGGCAAGAAUCUUGCAGCAACUUUUAGUAUAUUUCUUAUGGAUUAGAUUACAGAUUUGAUUAAAGUUGAAGGAGAUCUCAGCACUAGCAACAAAAUUAGUAUAUGCUUUUUAUUGUGCUCACUGUUACUUUUGUUUCUUCUUAAGAGUGCCUUUUUUUCCUAAUAUGAAUGGUAUCAAUGCAUUUGGAAAGCUUAAAGCUAAACUCUCUUUUAAUAUCUUAUUUAUGAGAAAUCUUUAAGAAUUCACUUGAGUUACAGCAGCUCAAUAAAUUCGUAAAUAGAACUAUAACCUCAAAAUAAUAAUGAAGGAAAUGAGAAUAAUACUAAUAAUAAUGAAGAUGAAUAGAGUAAUCCUGAUGUUAACAAUUUAAUUACAGUAGAUUGUUAAGAGUUAGAAUAAAGUUAUUGGGGUAUGAUAGAGUUAGGUUGUGGUGUCAUAACAAUAGGUUUAGUCCUCUCUUUAAUUUAUUACAGGAUUGGAGAUGCAAUGCUUUAUGGCAUGUAUAUUCUGUUUGUAGCUGUUUUUCUGAAUGCUAUUACUGCAUAUUUCUUAUAAAAGUAGUAUGAGAAACUGUAUAGUUGGAUGGAUAAAAGAGUGGCAUUAAGUCAAGAUGUCAUAGAGGGAAUCAAAAGUAUUAAAUUUUUAGGAUGGGAAAAAAUAUUUGAAAAUAAAAUUUUAGAUUUCAGAAGUAAAGAAUAUAAACACAUCAUUAUGACAAAAUCAUUAGACUGUAUUAACACUAUAUUUUGGAAUUGUGUUAGUUAUUUUAUGCUUUACUCCUUCUUAACAAAUUUUAUUUCUGAAGAAGAAGGGAAAAGCCUUAAAGACUCAAAUGUCUUUACAUUGAUAGCCUUGUUUGGAUUCCUUUAAUACCCUUUGCUAAAUCUACCUUGGUGCUUCAGUUUAUUGGCAAGAUAAAAUACUUCUUUCAAAAGAAUUCAGUCUUUUUUAAAUGAGACAGAGAUAGAUGAAAAAAAAUAUUAGAGAAUAGAAGACCAAAAUUUUACUAAUAAAUAUAUGUUAGUUGAUGAAAAAGACGGAUACAGCUAAAAGAGAGAAUUUAAUAAUUAGAUAGCAGUAUAGAUUUAUCCUUUGAGUUUUACUUAUGGUUGUAACAAUGAUGAAAGAGAAUAAACAAAUAAGAAUGAUUUAAACUAAAACGUUUUAGAGAUGUAACUGAUUAAAAACGAAAAAACAAAUUCAAACGAUAGUGGGUUAUUUGUUUUAAAUGUUCCUUUGAUUACAAUUAACAAAGGUACACUUAACUUUGUAGUUGGUGAAAUAGGAUCUGGAAAAUCUGCAUUUCUUUAAAGUAUUCUGAAUGAAAUGAAUAUCUUAGAUAGAAUAAACAAUAAAGAUGGAAAAGUAACUAUUUGUGGUUAAAUUGCAUAUGUUUCACAAAAUCACUGGCUAUAAAAUAAAAGCAUUCGUGAAAAUAUUUUAUUUGGCAAUAAGCUAGAUGAGAAAUGGUAUAAUACUUGUAUAGAAGCAUGUGAAUUAAAGAAUGAUCUAAACAAUCAUCCUAAUGGUGACAAUAAAAUAGUUGGACCUGGAGGAAGCAAUUUAAGCGGUGGAUAAAGAUAGAGGAUAUGUUUAUGCAGAGCAAUUUAUUAAAAUGCUGAUAUUUAUUUGUUUGAUGAUAUAUUUAGCAGCCUCGAUACUCAUGUUGCUGAAAAUAUUUACUAAAACGCAAUUAUUUAGCUUUUAUUAAAAGAAAGAAAUAAAACUAUGAUUUUUGUGACCAGUCACUACAAAUAUUUACAAGAUAGAAAAUAUAUAUCUUAAAUACUUUAUUUAAAUAAUGGAAAUAUAAUUACAGACUAAAGUUAAGUUGAUAAGUAUCUUGAUCAGCUUAUUUAUAAGUCUUCUAAGCGUUGCUCAGAAAUAAAUUCCUAUUUAGAUUAGUAGGAUGAAAUAUUAGAAGACUAGGACUCAAAUUUUAUUUAAUAUAACAAAAAGAAAUCUCAUCAAAGUAAUAAACACUCAUUUCACACUUCAAAAUCUCCAAAGAAUGAGCAUGCUGAUAUUAUGAAGCUAAAUGACUACGAUGUAGAUAUAAAUGAAGAAAAAUUAGAAUUGGGUGAAAUUUCAAAUAAAACUAUUUAGCAGUACAUAUAUGAUAUGAAACUUUCACUGUUUAUCUUAUUUGUAGGAAUGCAUCUACUCUUGAAAGCAAUUUAAAUUCUAAUAGAUUUUUGGCUUGGUGAUUAAACUACCGAUGAAAAGCAAAACUUCCCUUUCAUCAAUAGUCUUUUUAACUCGUUUUAUGAGACUUUAUAAGCAUUGAUUCUAUUCUUCCUAUUAGUUGCUACUUUAAAAGGAGUUUUAUUUGUAUUAUGUUCUUUAAACAGUUGUCAAGCAACCUUUAUGAGAUUGAAUACUUGUUUAAUGUAUAGCCACAUGAAAUUCUUUGAUCAAAAUCCUGUUGGUAGAAUUAUAUCUAGAAUUUCAAAAGACAUAAAUUUAAUUGACGAUUACCUUACUUGGAGUGUAAAUGAAUUAGUAGAUUAGCUUGCAUAUUCUCUAAGUUAUCCUAUCGGUAUUAUGAUAUAAUUUCCUUGGAUGUCAUUAUUUAUAGUAUUUUCUAUUGGGAUAGGUUACUUAAUAUCUAACCUAUUUAGAGAAGCUAAUAGAGUUAUAAAGAGAUUGAAUGCCUUGAAUUUAGCUAAAGUAUUGACGAAUAUUAGUGAGACAAAGGAUGGUCUUUCAAUAAUAAGAUCAUUUAAGAAACAGUCUUAUAUGGUUGAGUAGUUUUUGAAGAAUCUAUCAAACAGUAUGAAUAGUUUUGUUGUAGCUUCAUCCAUUUAAAUUUGGAUGAUUAUUAGAUUGCUCAUGAUCAGCAAUAUGCUCUUUUUCUUUAUUGCUUUGACGAUACUUAUAAUAUUUGUUUUUGAUAUUGAUUUUAAUAGGAACUUGAUUGCCUUAUCUCUAACAUAUUCUAUUCUACUUUGUGAAGUUUUUGGAAAUUUAAUAUAUUAUUUCUGUCAUACAGAAGAAAGCAUGAUAAGUGUUGAAAGAGUCAGAUAAUACUAUUCUAAUGAACAAGAAAAUUUGAAAAUUCCAAUCAUGAAAUUAGAAAAAAUCAAAAAUCUUCCAAUUAAUUUUAAUGAUCCUUAAUCUGAAUAGUUUUCUAUUGUUUUCGAAAAUGUUUUUAUGGCUUAUGGUGAAACACCACAAACAAAUACAAAUGAAUAAACUUAAAAUUCUAUAAAAAAUGUGAACGCUUAGCAAAAUAAUCAAGAUUAAGAAAUGUAUAAAAUUAAUAAUAAUAUUUAAGAAACUAACAUAUAAAAUCAAAUGUUAAAUGAUUUUAAAAAUGUAAAGAAAUAAUAACCUCAUUAUGCUCUUAAUAAUAUCAAUUUGAAGAUAAGAAAAGGUGAAAAAAUAGCCUUUUGUGGAAGAACAGGAUCAGGAAAAACAUCAAUUUUAAAUGCUUUAUUUUAUCUGUAUAAAGUUUAGAGUGGAAACAUAUUUAUCAAUAAUAAGAAUAUAAAGUCUUUAUCUUUAACAGAACUAAGAAAUCAGCUAUCAAUUAUACCACAGUUUGGUUUCUUAUAUAAAUCAUCUCUUUAAGGUAAUUUAGUUCCUGACAACAAAAUAUCCUCCCUUGAAAUACAAAAUAAAUUAUGCAAAAUUAACUUAAGCAUAAAAAGAGAUAAUACAUAUCAACCUCCAAAUGAGUUAAAUUAAGGAUAAUAAAGCAAUUUAACUGAAACAAUAAAGCUCAAGUAAGCGGAAAACUCAUAUGAAAAAGACUUGGAUUUCUAAAUUGAUGAUGGAGGUAGUAAUCUAUCGAAUGGUUAAAAAUAAAUUAUUAAUUUCUUUAGAAUAGUUCUAUAAGAUACUGAUAUAGUUUGUCUUGACGAAGCAACGUCAAAUAUGGAUCCAAAAAGUGACUAGGAACUUCAUAAAGCUUUAUUUUCUUUUUGCUAAAAUAAAACAUUGCUAGUAAUUACACACAGAUUAGAAAAUAUUCACGAAUUCGAUAGAGUUGUAGUUAUGGAAAAAGGUUCUAUAAUCGAAUGCGGCCAUGUAUCUGAGCUUAAAUCUAAUCCUAACAGCUUUUUUAAUUUCUUACUUGCAAAUGAACAAAAAGCCUACAAAUGA